AGCGCGGUGUGACAGCCUGGUCCUGUCUGCGGUGGCAGUCGGGAUGGUGAUGUGCUGUAGCAGGGGGGCCUCUUCUCCUCGACCCCAUGCAGCAGGGCUGUGUGCAGGGUGAAAGGGGAAGGACGGGGACAAAUGCUGUGCUGAGCCCAAGUCCCAGUGCUGCUGGGCGUGUGGGAUCCGAGGAGGCUGAGGGCUGGGCUGGGGCUCAAGUGGGGAUUAGGGGCACAUGUCUCUGAGCUUCUACCUGGACCAAGCCCAGUCCUGGGAGCCCGGACUGAUGUCCCUGUAAUUAAAUUGUUGCUGCUGUAAAUGAGCUUUGUGGUGAGCAUCUCUUGGCAAGGGUCUCCUCCUUGGUGUGAGCAGAGUUGCGCUGCUGUCCCACAGCCCCCUCGGCAAGCCCUUGUCCCCAGCUUUUGCUCUCUCGCUAUCAGUGACUUUCCUGGAAGCGUCAUCAGGGUGAUUGUCACCAAACUGGCUCCUCUGAGUCACCUUCUGGGGAGUCGGCACCCUCUGACCUCUCUGCUUUUCCCUCUCUGCAGGUGGAUCCCCAGAACCUGACGAUGUGGCCCAACCUGAGUGUGCCGGGGAGGUGGAGAUCAUGGGGAAGGGGAUGAGGCAGCAUGAUGUGGUGUAUCGGCACCGUGUGGCACGGGGUCCCACGGCACAGCCGCGCUCGGCAUCGAGGGGAGCCCAGGGGUGGGGACAGGGCUGUGGAAGGUGGAGUCAUCCCCUUGUUCGUCCUGGGGAGCUGGUCCGACAGGAACAGGAGCAGCAGUGGGGUACAGCUGGUGAGCAGCUCCUGCAGCCCGGUCCCGGUCCUUGUCCUGACCCUGCCCAGCCAUGUGGGGACCCCAAAGGAUCCAGCCACCAACCUGGGGACACCGAGGGGCUCUGAUGGCCUGAUCUCAGCCCGGUGAAGAUGUGUCAAGUGGGGCACCUCGAUCCCAGCAGCCAACAAAGGGUCCUCAUGAAGACGGGGCUCAUCCUCCUCAUCAUCGGGCAUCUCAACUUCAUCACCAGCGCCCUCGUCCAUGGCACUGUCCUGCGCUUUGUGGUCAGCCCCCGGGAUGCCACCUCCCUGCAGUACGCCGUCACCAACGCUGCCUCCGUCAUCUCUGCGCUGCUGACCAUCUCCUGUGGAAUAGCUGCCCUUAUGCUGUCCCGCUACCUCGGUCCUGCUGCCCUUAAAUGGGUGGUUUUCGCCCUGAGCACCGGCAGCAGCCUGGGCUGCCUGUCCUGCCUGCUGGGGGUGGCCGCAUCCAUCGGGCUGACGCUGCACAGCCAGGGCCGGGCGCUGCUGUCCCCGUGCACCGUCGCUGAUGUCACCCUCGCCCCCAUCUCUCGCGAUUGCCCCUUCGAUCCCACCCGUGUCUAUAGCUCCACGCUGUCCCUUUGGACCAUCUCCCUCCUGCUUGACUUGAUGGAGAUCGUCUUCGGCAUACGCUGCCUCCUGCUCGCCCUCGACCUCCUCCGCCUCGGCCGCUGCUGCCGUGGGGUGCGCCAGAGGAAGGUCUCCUUGCAGGCAGCCCCAGAGCAGAUCCCCGACCAUGGGCAGUGCCUGGGCUUGCUGAGGCUGGACAGCGUGGAAACCGCCUGGCUCUGAGCAGGUCCCCUGAAGUGACCCCGCGGAUGUCCCUUGGCCCUGUCCCAGCACCGACACACCCCGUGACAGGACCCGGCUGCCCUCCAGCCGGGCUAUCAGGCGGACUUGUCCCCUGGAUGCCACCAGCCAAGACACAUGAGCCCAUCCCCACAGCCUCGCGUCACUGGGGGCUGCAGCGAUGGGGACAACCAGGCUGGAUCCAGACUGCAGGGAGAAACUUCCCCUCGACAUCGAUGGCCCCUUUCCCACCGCCGGCUGCACUGACACAAACUUUAUUCUGCAGGUAUUAAAAGACCAGAAGCGCA